GAAUGGUCUCUGAAGCGGAAUCUGGUGGACGUGGAAGAAGAUUCCAUGGAAAAAGGUUUCCCAGAAAACAAACACUCGUACGACCUCGAACUUUCAUUGGGAAUUUAAUCGAAUUCAAGAGGAAAAGAAAACAAAAAGAUUUUUUAUUUAUUUAUUUAUUUUUAACGAAGACGGUGCGGGAAAUUAGUAACUGACUCGAUUUAGAAUCGCGACGACGUCGUGGUUUUCUCAACGGUGUCCCUCGCCCACGAAGAAAGAAGAGAACGGCGUCGUAUAUAUAUCGGGGUUCGGCAUAUUUGCAUUGAAAAAAAAAAAAAAAAAAUUUCUUUUGGAUUUGAAAGGUCUCGUAAAGUAAUCGCUUUUAGCUUUCGCUCUUCUCCGUACCAACCCCGUUGUUUGGUCUGGUUCAGUCAACGCAAACUAGCAAAUGCCACGUCUUUGGCUUCACUUCCUCACCGCUCUUCUUCUUCUCAGACCGAACGUCGUCGUGGUUGUCUUCGCCGGCCAAGACUUCACCGGCGACUAUUCCAAGCUCUCCGGGAUCAUAAUCCCUGGUUUCGCUUCAACACAGCUGCGAGCAUGGUCGUUUCUUGAUUGCCCUUUCUCUCCUCUCGAUUUCAAUCCUCUUGAUUUGGUGUGGCUCGACACUACCAAGCUUCUUUCUGCUGUGAACUGUUGGCUUAAGUGCAUGUUACUUGAACCUUACAAUCAGACAGAUAAUCCGGAAUGCAAGUCACGGCCUGAUAGUGGUCUUUCAGCAAUCACUGAACUUGAUCCAGGUUACAUCACAGGUAUAUUUUCCAAUCUUCCAGGGCCUCUUUCUUCAGUGUGGAAAGAAUGGAUUAAAUGGUGUAUUGAGUUUGGUAUUGAGGCGAAUGCAAUCAUCGCCGUUCCAUACGACUGGAGAUUGUCUCCAUCGAAGCUUGAGGAGCGAGACCUCUACUUUCACAAGCUAAAAUUAACAUUUGAAACUGCAUUGAAACUUCGUGGAGGCCCAUCGCUGGUGUUUGCUCAUUCAUUGGGUAAUAAUGUCUUCCGUUACUUCUUGGAGUGGUUAAAGCUGGAAAUUCCACCAAAACAUUAUAAUCAGUGGCUGGACGAACACAUUCAUGCCUAUUUUGCUGUUGGCGCUCCUCUUCUCGGUGCAACUGAGACAGUAAAGGCAGUACUUUCAGGAUUAACAUUUGGUCUUCCCGUUUCUGAGGGGACAGCUCGAUUGAUGGUCAAUUCAUUUGCUUCUUCUUUAUGGAUGUUGCCAGUUUCAAAGCAUUGUAGGGGGGAUAGUGUCUACUGGAAGCAUUUCUCUGGGGGGAGGCGGAAGUCUUAUAAGACAUAUGACUGUGAUGAAAAGGAAUUUCAAGGAAACUUCUCAGGAUGGCCAACAAAUAUAGUUAAUAUUGAAGUUCCUUCAACGCCAGGAUUUUAUGCGUAUCCAUCAGUUACUGAUGUAGUUGAGACUAAUUUGUCUAGUGCGGAGUGUGGACUCUCUACUCAGUUAUCUUUCUCUGCUCGAGAAAUAUCAGAUGGGACCUUUUUCAAAGCAAUAGAGCAUUAUGAUCCGGACAGCAAGUUGCUCUUACACCAGUUACAGAAGUCAUAUCAUGGCGAUCCAGUUCUAAAUCCACUUACACCUUGGGAUAGACCACCUAUAAAAAACAUUUUUUGUAUCUAUGGAACAGAAUUGAAGACUGAGGUUGGCUAUUAUUUUGCACCAAGUGGAAAGCCUUAUCCUGAUAACUGGAUCAUUACAGAUGUGAUUUAUGAAGUUGAAGGAUCACUAUUUUCAAGGUCAGGGAAUCUGGUUGAAGGAAAUCCAGGAGCUGCAAGUGGGGAUGAAACUGUACCAUACCAUUCUCUUUCUUGGUGCAAGAAUUGGCUUGGACCAAAAGUGAACAUAACGAGGGCUCCUCAGGCAGAGCAUGAUGGAUCUGAUGUACAAGUAGAACUGAAUGUAGAACAUACUUAUGACGAAGAUAUCAUUCCCAACAUGACAAGAUCACCCAGGGUUAAGUAUAUAACCUACUAUGAAGAUUCUGAAACUAUUCCAGGAAAGAGAACAGCAGUUUGGGAACUUGAUAAAGCCCCGAUAAGCUUCGAGGUUAUUUCCCCCCGAAUAACAACAAAUCACAGAAAUAUCGUUAGAUCCCCGGUUCUAAUGCGCGAGUUGUGGCUUCAAAUGUGGCAUGAUAUUCAUCCCAAAGCAAAAUCCAAAUUUGUUACAAAAGCCAAACGUGGACCAUUGAGGGAUGAUGACUGUUAUUGGGAUUAUGGAAAAGCUAGAUGUGCAUGGGGAGAAUACUGCGAAUACAGAUAUGUGUUUGGGGAUGUACACUUAGGACAGAGCUGUAGGUUAAGGAACAAUUCAGAUGUUCAACUCUUGAAUUAUGUAUAGAUUAGAAGUUUGAUUGUCAUCUCAGUUGCUGGCACCACAUGUUCCAUUCUUUGUAUUCUUGCCUGAGACAUGCAAUAACCAGUCUCGUAUAAAGUGGUUUACCUCCUACAAUCCAUCUCACAGCUGCUGGGAAACUCUCGUCUGAUCUGCUUUGCUGAUAGCAUAGCCAUCCAAAUUACCAGCCACCUUUUGGAUAAUAUUUUCCUGGUAGCUUCUUGUAAGUGUUAAGAGAUGAUUGAAAGCAAUUUGACAGAUCCCUUACUCGAGUCUUUCACACGAAGGGUAGAGGUGUAUCAGACUGCAUAUUACAGCUUGUUUUAGGAAUAGGUGUUGAAGAAAAUGUGGCAUUAUUUUUGACAGUUUUAUAGCUUAUUCAUUAGUUUCUUAAAAUUUUGGAGGAAAAUGAUUAAUGGGAGGAUUAGUGUUUCUCCGCGAGUAAAAUCCAUGGGCUACUGAUUCAAAUCCAUCAAAUACUUUAAAGACUUAAAUCUUCAUCGAUGGUUAUUUGCAAUUAAAAUGUCUUUAUUAUUUCUCUA